AUCGUCAUCUUCUUCACGCUUCUACUUUUCCUCUCCGGCUACGUACUGCAACAACGCACUGUCCAAGGACUCCGGGAGGCAGUGAAGCCUCGAAUUCCACAACGACCGUCGUCCCCGGGCUCAGAACAGGCGGAGCCCGACUUUGUUGAGCUGCAUCGCUCUCGACUGUUUGGGAGCGAUGGCGGCUCCAGGAUCAUCAAGGCCGAUAUCGAUCGAGACAUUCACACCGUAUCUGCACAAAAUGUCGACUGGGAUAGACUGGCGCAUGUGCAACUCGUGCAGGAGCACCAUCACUUGUGUGCAGCCAUCAUGGUUCUGGCAGGCCUGCAUCAGAUGAGAAGUCCUGCAAAGAGGGGGUUGAUGAUUCCGAGUGCGUGGGUGCAGGCAAAGACAAAAGGGGAGAGUGAAGAUCCAUAUCUCGACAGUACGAGACGGCUCUUAAAACUGGCUCACAGGAGGUAUGGCGUCUUUCUCCAACCCAUCGAGCCCAUAAGAAGUAGCGAAGAGGAAGGGGAGGUGUACUCGCUGGCGAGUGCCUACCGGUUGUAUGGAAGCUUCGAUCGUGUGCUGGUGAUCGAGACCCCGGGGCUUUUACUUGACGCAGAGCCUUUGGAUGCUGUUCUGGGAUUCACGGAGCCUUCACCAUUCGUCAUGCUUCACGACACAGUGAACAACGACAAUGUUCACUCCGAAGAUCUGUUCCUGAUCCAGCCAUCAAGGGCGACGUAUGAGCGUCUGAACACCACGUUGGCGGCUCCUGAGUAUGCUACAUAUAAUGACACAUACCUGUCAUCUCUAUUUCAAGAGCCAGUGCUAUUGGCAUCAAGCGCCGAGCACAGCGCUCUGAUCCGAUCGGUCGGCACGCUACAUGACGCUGUGCCCGGCAAGCCGUUCAAUUCGACUGCAUACUUGGAGAAUGUGGCUUAUAUCCGUUUCUCGGAUCCUAAGCUACCGGGUCCGCAAUACGACGUGCCAUUCGCGAUGAAGAGAGCAGCACGGCCGAAGCACAAAGACGCCGACUGGAUAUAUACGAAACUUUAUGGCGAGUAUGCACAAAAGAGAAUAGACAUUUGCGGACUGGAUCUAGAGACUUGGAGA